AUGAUCACAACCGACUGGCUUCAUAUCCCUGACGAAAACCCUAAGGUCAUAUGCGGCUCGGUGCUUACUGCGAAGGGAGGCGCCGACGGAACCGACGAUUUUUAUGUACUUGGCCGCCGCAGCAUACAGCCACGACGAGGCUUGUGGGGCAUACCUGCAGGAUUUCUAGAGCUUGGGGAGACCGGCGAGGAGGGGGCGGCAAGGGAAGCGAGGGAAGAGAUGAACGCCGAUGUGGAUGUUGGAGGGCUUCUUGCCGUGUACUCACUGCCACACAUCGGCCAAAUCCAGAUGAUGUACUCGUCGGAACUAAGAGACACCCAAGGAGCGAAUGACAUUUUGGCCAACAACGCCCACAGCUUCUCUGCGGGCCAAGAAACAGACGAGGCAAGUGCGGUAAUUUCCGUUCGAUGGGAAGAUAUUCCGUGGGAUACCCUUGCCUUUCCCACCACGUCGUGGGCGCUGUGGCAUCACCGUCUCAGGGUAGAGGAGGCCGCCACGAGGUCAACCAUUGGCUCAUCGUCUGGGGCACCGUUGGGUACGGGUGAGGGCAGAAAGAGAGGCUUCUCAGGAGGAGAUACCGCUAUUUCAGCUGUGGCGAAGGCUGUUGGUGACGAUGACCGUGUCGUGGGCACAAAAACGGAUCACUGUGAGCCCGGGGUGUCUGAUACAAUCGGAACCGGGGUCGGGGUCGCGUUCGGGGCUAUUGCCGGGACGGUAUUCUCUGUGCCAUCGGUGAACAGCUCGCUUUUCUGGCGCCCCGACGUAGGGCUGCACCAAAAGGAGGGUUGGAACGCUUCCACAGACUCGUAGUUGAUCAGAAUCACGCGUUCGUUUGUCUUUCCCCGGUACCAAGGUUGUUUUGCGCCUGCACAGCGCACUUGAUGGCCGUUUGCCCUGGUUUGGCUCGCAGCACAUUACAAAAGCGACAAGAGUGUUGGGUGGGCUCUUACCAAGUGUUGUGAUGAAGGUCUCUGUACAACUGUCAGGCUUUGUCAAUGCGCGUACACGGUGUCCUUGGCCGGCUUAUGAAGGCUCUACCUUCGCCCCACGUGUUAUGUUCUUUUGUGGUACACAGAUGAACGCGUAAUCGAGGCAUUCAGAGGUUGUCUCACAUCCCUCAAGAUUUGUAUUGCCUUUAAGGGACAUGGUAGCACAGGCGCGAUGGGUCUGGGUAAACAGAUAACUACGCCACGCCCAGGAGAAAAAACCGAAGGUACGAAUGAAUGCGUGUUUUUUCAUACCGCUGCGGAGAGUCUUCGUUGACCGCAAACCAAACUCGGAUCAACGUACGAGCAAUAUUGUAUAACAACAGGUUCUGCCAACGAGAAUGCCUCGUC